AUGGCCGAUCUCGCCGAGCAACAUGUGCCUGAGCUGCAAGUCGAUAAUGAAAAAUCUGUUCUGCCGAAUGAGGACAACAUAGCUUUAGACAAAACCGAAGACCUCGUUCAGGGCAAUGAUGCUGACGCUAGUGCUGAUGCUGAACCAGAGCCAAAGCCAAAAACAGAGGCUGAACCAGAAGGAGAAUCAAAACAAGAUGAUGCUCCAGGACAGCUAGACCCAGCUGUAGCUGAAAACACCACGGGCGAGGAAGAAACUCAACAAAAUGUCCCUAUCGAUUUCGUCACCAUGGGCAUGUUUAUUAUCGACGACAUCGACUUUAUCCCACCGACUGAGCCUGUCAAAGACAUCCUUGGUGGCGCUGGCACCUACUCGGCUCUAGGAGCUCGUCUUCUCUCUCCUCCACCCAAAUCUACUUCUGUUGGCUGGAUUGUUGACCAAGGCUCCGACUUCCCCCCUUCUCUCUCAACACUCAUCGAUAGCUGGUCCACCUCGGCUCUGUUUCGUCACGAUGGGCUGAGGCUAACCACACGAGGCUGGAACGGCUACGAGGGUACUACCGAGAAGCGCGCUUUCAAGUAUCUGACUCCCAAGAAACGUCUGACUGCCGAGGAUCUUACCCCGACCUUAUUGCAAUCACGCUCAUUCCACAUGAUAUGCUCCCCGAACCGAUGCAGAGAUCUUGUUGCUGAGAUCACCUCACUUCGUAAGAAGGUUAUGCCCGCCGAGUCGUACACCAAGCCUAUCUUUAUCUGGGAACCGGUACCUGAUUUGUGUACCCCCGACGAGCUACUCAACUGCACCAACUGCUUGCCCCUUGUGGACAUUUGCAGUCCAAACCAUGCCGAGCUAGCUGGUUUCAUGGGCGACAGCGGACUCGACCCGGAGACAGGUGAAAUUUCAACAGUUGCCGUGGAGCGUGCCUGCGAGCAGCUCCUUGCCAGUAUGCCUUUGCAGUCCUUUUCCCUUGUCGUUCGUGCUGGUGAAAAGGGGUGUUACAUCGCAAAGAACGGAGGAAGGAAACGAGGGCGUGAUCAAAAGACCACCAAGCGACGAAAGAAGGACUACGUGAGAGGCGGUCUACAGCAUGAUACGGAUAUGGAAGCUCUGUUUGCUGGUCUACUCCAGGACGCCGAUGGGUUUGUCGCACGUGAAGAGAUCGAAGUCGAUCCAGGCAUUGAGAAAUGGGUCCCAGCAUAUCACACAGAGCCGUCCAAGGUUGUUGACCCUACUGGAGGUGGAAACACUUUCUUAGGCGGUCUUGGAGUUGCAUUGGCACGAGGCGAAAGCAUUGAAGAAGCUGUAGCCUGGGGUGCUGUCGCUGCAAGCUUCGCGAUCGAACAGGUUGGUGUUCCGACUCUUGGUAGAGAUGCAGAGGGCUGCGAAACUUGGAAUGGGCAGAAUGUGGAGGCUCGUCUGAAGGAAUUUCGCGAGCGUCUAUGA